AUGCAGGCGGGCGAUAGGGUCCAAAGCCUGUGUCUUAAGUGGGCCGUGUGGGAUCCCGGGCUGCCGCAAGCUGCUUACGACCACUACGUCCUCAGAAGAAAUGCAGGAUUUGUCCGGGAGGGGGGAGUGGUUUGGUGGAGAGGGAGGGGAGGGGGAGGGGGGGGGGGGGGGGGGGGGGGGGGGGGGGGGGGGGGGGGGGGGGGGGGGGGGGGGGGGGGGGGGGGGGGGGGGGGGGGGGGGGGGGGGGGGGGGGGGGGGGGGGGGGGGGGGGGGGGGGGGGGGGGGGGGGGGGGGGGGGGGGGGGGGGGGGGGGGGGGGGGGGGGGGGGGGGGGGGGGGGGGGGGGGGGGGGGGGGGGGGGGGGGGGGGGGGGGGGGGGGGGGGGGGGGGGGGGGGGGGGGGGGGGGGGGGGGGGGGGGGGGGGGGGGGGGGGGGGGGGGGGGGGGGGGGGGGGGGGGGGGGGGGGGGGGGGGGGGGGGGGGGGGGGGGGGGGGGGGGGGGGGGGGGGGGGGGGGGGGGGGGGGGGGGGGGGGGGGGGGGGGGGGGGGGGGGGGGGGGGGGGGGGGGGGGGGGGGGGGGGGGGGGGGGGGGGGGGGGGGGGGGGGGGGGGGGGGGGGGGGGGGGGGGGGGGGGGGGGGGGGGGGGGGGGGGGGGGGGGGGGGGGGGGGGGGGGGGGGGGGGGGGGGGGGGGGGGGGGGGGGGGGGGGGGGGGGGGGGGGGGGGGGGGGGGGGGGGGGGGGGGGGGGGGGGGGGGGGGGGGGGGGGGGGGGGGGGGGGGGGGGGGGGGGGGGGGGGGGGGGGGGGGGGGGGGGGGGGGGGGGGGGGGGGGGGGGGGGGGGGGGGGGGGGGGGGGGGGGGGGGGGGGGGGGGGGGGGGGGGGGGGGGGGGGGGGGGGGGGGGGGGGGGGGGGGGGGGGGGGGGGGGGGGGGGGGGGGGGGGGGGGGGGGGGGGGGGGGGGGGGGGGGGGGGGGGGGGGGGGGGGGGGGGGGGGGGGGGGGGGGGGGGGGGGGGGGGGGGGGGGGGGGGGGGGGGGGGGGGGGGGGGGGGGGGGGGGGGGGGGGGGGGGGGGGGGGGGGGGGGGGGGGGGGGGGGGGGGGGGGGGGGGGGGGGGGGGGGGGGGGGGGGGGGGGGGGGGGGGGGGGGGGGGGGGGGGGGGGGGGGGGGGGGGGGGGGGGGGGGGGGGGGGGGGGGGGGGGGGGGGGGGGGGGGGGGGGGGGGGGGGGGGGGGGGGGGGGGGGGGGGGGGGGGGGGGGGGGGGGGGGGGGGGGGGGGGGGGGGGGGGGGGGGGGGGGGGGGGGGGGGGGGGGGGGGGGGGGGGGGGGGGGGGGGGGGGGGGGGGGGGGGGGGGGGGGGGGGGGGGGGGGGGGGGGGGGGGGGGGGGGGGGGGGGGGGGGGGGGGGGGGGGGGGGGGGGGGGGGGGGGGGGGGGGGGGGGGGGGGGGGGGGGGGGGGGGGGGGGGGGGGGGGGGGGGGGGGGGGGGGGGGGGGGGGGGGGGGGGGGGGGGGGGGGGGGGGGGGGGGGGGGGGGGGGGGGGGGGGGGGGGGGGGGGGGGGGGGGGGGGGGGGGGGGGGGGGGGGGGGGGGGGGGGGGGGGGGGGGGGGGGGGGGGGGGGGGGGGGGGGGGGGGGGGGGGGGGGGGGGGGGGGGGGGGGGGGGGGGGGGGGGGGGGGGGGGGGGGGGGGGGGGGGGGGGGGGGGGGGGGGGGGGGGGGGGGGGGGGGGGGGGGGGGGGGGGGGGGGGGGGGGGGGGGGGGGGGGGGGGGGGGGGGGGGGGGGGGGGGGGGGGGGGGGGGGGGGGGGGGGGGGGGGGGGGGGGGGGGGGGGGGGGGGGGGGGGGGGGGGGGGGGGGGGGGGGGGGGGGGGGGGGGGGGGGGGGGGGGGGGGGGGGGGGGGGGGGGGGGGGGGGGGGGGGGGGGGGGGGGGGGGGGGGGGGGGGGGGGGGGGGGGGGGGGGGGGGGGGGGGGGGGGGGGGGGGGGGGGGGGGGGGGGGGGGGGGGGGGGGGGGGGGGGGGGGGGGGGGGGGGGGGGGGGGGGGGGGGGUGGUGGAGAGGGGAGGGGGGGGGUGGUUUGGUGGAGAGGGAGGGGAGGGGGGAGUGGUUUGGUGGAGAGGGAGGGGAGGGGGGAGUGGUUUGGUGGAGAGGGAGGGGAGGGGAGGGGGGAGUGGUUUGGUGGUGA